CACAGACACACACACACACACAGUCUUGUCAAUGUUUUAACCUGCUGUUGGCAAACUGAAUACAUUUAUAUGAAUAAAAUGUGCGUGUGUGUGUAUGUGUGUGUGCGUGUGUGUCUGUGUAUGUUUAUGUGUGUGUAUAUGUGUGUGUGUGGUCAUUGAGAAUUCCUGCACUAGAUGAACAGGACACUUGGAGCGUGUAACUCGGUGCUGCUCUGCAGGGAUGAUGGCGGCGCCUCGAGUGCAGGACCAGAGCGCAUUACAGCCUGAAAUACUGCAGGGAAAGAACAGACUCAGCCUGGACACGGCAGCGGAUCUGAUGCGCUUUACGGAUCUUGAUGAAAAUAUUGGAGACCGAUUUGACUUCAGAUCUGUGGAGGAACUGGUCGCCGACUUCGACAUGAAGUUAAAAGCGUGCUUUGGGAAUUUCGACGCUAAAGCCGAACUUAUAGAUAGCGUGAAUCCUCUAACAGAGGACACUGUGUUAAAAAACGACGAGAUCUGGAACGCUCUGACUAAUAAUUAUGGAAAUGUCAUGCCAGUAGAUUGGGAUCAGUCUCGCACCCGCUCACUUCAGCUCCCAGUGCUGCACAUUGAGGACAGGCCAAGGGUUAAUAAUGUGAAUCUGGAUGUGUCUGAUGAUGACGAUCUGAGGGAACAAAUGGACAUGCACUCCAUCAUUGUGUCCUGCAUUAAUGAUGAGCCUUUCCUUACUGCAGAGCAGGUGAUUGAGGAGAUAGAGGAGAUGAUGCAGGAUUUUCCAGAGCAGAACCCUACUGAGAAAAACCUGAUACACAGAUCCAGCACUCAUGAAUUUGAGGAGAGAGUACGGGCUCUUAGAGUUGCAGAGCUGAGUGAGUUAUUGGAGGAGGUGGAGACGGCGAUCCGCCACUAUUCUGAGGAGCUUGUGCGGCAACUGGCUCUUAGAGAUGAGCUCGACUUUGAGAAGGAAGUGAUGAACAGUUUCAUCUCUGUGCUGAUUGAUGUACAGAACCUUCAGAAAGAGCACAAAGAACUUCUGAAAAAGAAGAGGGAAGUAAAGAGUGGAGUCAGAGAGCAGAACAGCAGACUUCACAGAUUGUCCGCAACUCGCUUCAGCAUGGGGAGCAUCUCUACUGCUAUUCAAAAUGGCUUUCGCCAAACAUUUGGGAAUAUUGGAGAGGAGAAACAGUACCUCACUACAGUCAUUCCUUAUGAGAAGAAAGAUGCACCUCCCUCAGUUGAAGAUCUUCAGGUUCUCACAAAAAUUCUUCAAGCCAUGAAGGAUGACAGUGACAAAGUGCCCAGUCUUUUGACAGACUACAUCCUUAAAGUGCUUUGCCCUUCCGAAUAGAGGAGGUGAAGAAUGUGUUGAUAAAAGACUGAAUUUCCAGAAUGUGAAGGAUUUCCAGAUGGAUGACUUGCCCCAUUUACAUAAUGUACGCAUAUGUAUAAUGCAGUUUUCUUUGUCCCAUUGCUUGAAUCUCUUUAAGUAUGUCUCCAUUUGAUACAUUUUCACUAUAUAUGAAGGGAAAACUUUAUAUUAUUGAAUUUUAUGUAAGGCUACAUGCUGUAGUAUGGAGAGUUCAGCUUAAACAAAACUCUAAAAUGUUUUUUGUUCAAUGAAAGUGCUCUUACAACCAACCUUUGCAACAAAGGCAUGUUUCAUCUUAGUCCUGAUGUAUCAACAGUGCAUACAGUAUGAUUUCUUCUGCCUGUGUGUGUGUGUGUGUGUGUGUGUUUGACACUGCCUUGGAGUUCUCCUAAGGAGUGUUUUAGUUCAAAUCCCAAGGGUUGAUAAGUUUUUAUUUAUCCUGAAAACAUAUUAAAUAGAGGUUGCUGUUCUCACAUGGUAAAUCAAAACACUAACAAAUUUCAUUUCAAAUGUUUUAGGCAGCUGUUAAUAUUUUAUGUUAAGAUCUUAACGUCUUAAUGUAAAACUGAUACUUACAAGUUGUUACGGAGUGACACGGUGUAGUAGCGUGUUCGAUAGCCACGUGACAGCUCCAGGGUCCAGUGUUUAGUUUAUUGUGCAGUGUUUCACAUGUUUCCUCUGGGUUCUCCAGUUUCCUCCCCCCACAAGACAUUUGUCAGUAGGUUAAUUGGCUACUCUAAAAUCAGUAAUAAACUGGUGUCCCAUCCAGCGUGUACUCAGAUGCACAAUGUUCCCAGACUUGGCUCCAUGUUGACCAGGAAAAGAAAAAUAUUAGCAG